AUGGAUGAAAACUCAAGCAUCCAGUUCUCCAUCUUCAAAGAUUGCAUCGCCCAGAAGUUGCUUCAUCUUACAAGUACACCGAGCGAUAUCACCGAAGACGAGAAAUCUUCCACCGCGAGCAAUUCAGAAAGCCCCUUGGACGAUUUUUCUUCCUAUCUAGCCACCGAAGCCUGGGAAACAUUGCCUAACGUUCUCAAAGAAGCCACUCACGAAACGCGCGAUGUUGUACCGGAUCCCGAUGCUCUUUCUCUCGACUCUUUGUCUACAUCUUUCACCGACAGUUUAGUUUCUUAUGGCGUAGUAAAUGACGUAGAUGAUGCGACGAAUUUUCUCAGAAAAAUUAUUGGCGAGUACAUUUCUCAAACAUGCGCUCCUCCUCCCGCUUGGAGCUCCACUAGGACCGAAAAUUGCGAGAUGUGUGGCCGGACAGUCCCGCUCACAUACCAUCAUCUCAUACCACGCUCUACGCAUACAAAGGUUCUCAAGCAGGGGUGGCAUCCGAAAGCCAUGCUCAAUUCUGUAGCUUGGCUUUGUAGGCCCUGUCACUCUGUUGUACACCAUGUGGCAUCAAAUGAAGAUUUGGCCAGAUACUUCCAUACAGUUGAGCUUCUGAUGGAGCGUGAAGACAUUCAGAAAUGGCAAAAAUAUGCAACAAAGCAGCGCUUUGGAAUUCGGCGUGGGUGA